AUGUUUAUUGUAGCGAAGUUACAGAAAGGGAAGACGGAUGUGCGGAUUUGUGGGAACCAAAUUGGCGAAGGCAUAAAAGUGGAGCACAGAAUAUACCAGGGGAAAAGCGCUCUUAAAUAUUUCGCACCUGAUGAUGACAAUAUCGAUGACGAUACUAAGAGCGACACCGAUAACGGUGUGUACAAGAGGCAGGGAAGCAGAGCAGGAGGAGUACUGCAAACAGUCACCGAUAGCUGUUAA